UUUCCUUCGGUCACCACUUCUCCCGUAGCCCCAGUUUUAUCAGUUCUUCUCUCUCAUCUCCCAUGAAUUUUCAGAUUCUUCUCCCAUUUCUCCAUCCAAUAUAUGAGAUCUCUAAUUUUACCAUUCAGAUUUCAAAAGUUUUGGACAUUAUUUUCUCGCAUCUACGGUCACCAGACUCGGAGGCCAAUAGCGGCAGCCGUUAGCAAUGUAGAUCUACAACAAUCUCACCGAAGGAGAAGGCGGCAGUGCCAGAAGCCAAGAUUUUUGCGCUAUAUGAGGUGGGAUGCAGGAACCAUGCCUGACUAGGUGGUAUGCGACGGCGAUUCAGAUACAGUGGCCGGCAACAACCAUUAAAUAUGUGGCGGCCAAAGACAAUAUUUUAGGGGCUGCGACCAGCGACAUCGAUUUCUAUUUUAGCGGCGGCCGGCGAUGAUGAUUUUAAUUCUGGUGAAGAUGAUUUUAAUUUUGGCGAUUGAUGAUUUUAAUUUUUUGGUGACGAUGAUUUUAAUUUUGGCGGCCGACGGUAUCACCUGUGAUGUUAGUUGUUGCUUUGUUUUAUAAUAAUAAUAUUAUAAUACUACCUCCGUCCCAAAAAGAGUUGCAAAUUUGACUUUCCGUAGUCAAAUAGUCUCGUUUUGUUCACUUAAUUAGGACAUCAUUUUUUAAUUUUUUUCUAAUUUGGAGUUUACAACUUUGAAGAGAUUUUAAUGUAGUUUUUGAAUAUGUAAAUUUUAAAUAUUAAAAAUUGAAUUAUUUAUCCAUAGGAAGGGUUGACUUUUAUUAUUGGUUGACAAAAAAAUGUUGACUUUGCAAAACAAAUUGGGACGGAGGGAGUAAUAACGAAUUGUUAGUUGGCACAUCUCUGUAAAGCUUGUAUUGUUAUUUUUGUUUUAUAAUAAUAUUAGUUAGUAAUAAAGAAAUCCGUUACUUUGUAUUCAUUUAAGGUGAAACACGGUCAGCUUCUUUUAAAAACGGAAACUUCCUAUAAGACUACCUUAAAAAAAGGUAAUCAAACAAAGUGUGCUUUAUGAAACUUUUCCUAAUUAUUGUUUUCAUUGCAAAGAAUUCGGGCACCACCCUUUUAUUUUCAAAAAACUUGCCAAACGGGUUGAUGGAGAUAGUGUGAAAGAUCCGAAUAUUGAAACUUGUGAGGAUUUAGGGCUGGGGGCCUCUCAGCCAGGACCUGCUGCCCAGGGAAACCCGACUGGGUCCCCCCCUAGCCCGACCGGGGGGGGACCCAGCAACGGCAAAAAUGACUGACCAAGCAAUGGAAGUGACUGCCACGGCUUCCAAGGGGAACAUCUCAAAUGAGGACCACGAGGCCACCGAUUCCGAAGCUAUGGGAAAGAUUGUGAGGAGUGAAAAGGAGUUGAAACAGGAUGAUGUUGCCAUCAAAUGUGAGACCAUAAAUGGUAAGACUUUCGAGUUGCUUGUCAAACCGUUUAGACUCGUCCAGGCUAGUGUCAUUAGAGUGGAUUCCUUUCUGCGACUUACUGAUAAUUUGGAUAAGAGGGGCAUAACUUUCACCGCCCAUUGUCUUGAGAGUCUGCCGGGGGUUACUAAGAAGAAAGGGGAGGUUUGUUUUGGCGCAAAGUUUACUAACCCUUUCCAUGCUUUCUUUGGACUUUAAAUUAGGGAUUCCUAAUUUUGUUAGUGAGCUUGUUUUGUUGAGUUUAAUUUGAUCCUAAUGUGUCUUUUUUUUAGGUUCAAAUUGUUGACUUUUGUUGAUCUCUAUCUUGAUGUUGUGGUAUCCCUUGUUUCCGGAUAUGCACUUUGCUUGUAACAUUGACUUGUUAUUUCUUAAUUUGGGUGUUAAUAUACUUACAUUUCAU